GGCCGCAAUUUCAAAACUGAUCAAUUGUAGACGAUGCUCUUUUUGAAAAUCAUAAAAACAGUAAUGGACAAAACGAGACAGGAAGUUUUCAAUAUUUCUCGGCGGAGAAACAUGCAGCUUUAGGAGUGGGGGAGUUUAUAAUUCCGAUCUCUCCGAUUGCUUUGUUGAUCGACACAACACCUUGGUGCAUUUUUACAAGUCGCAGCUUUGUAGAAUUUGGUUCCACUCAGAUUAAACACUGUCUUGGUAUCACAAUGGCCAUUUUUCGGCUGUUUUCGUCCAGACAGCCCAGGAAGCGAGACGGGCCGUGGUCUUGGCUUGUCUGUGCUUGUGCUACCAUGACCUGGGUUGCGUCAUUGGGUUUCCUGUUCAGCUUUGGAAUUUUUCUUCCGGUGUUCAUGAACUAUUUCAACGAAUCCAGGGAAACCACAGCAUGGCUCGGUUCUGUUGGUAUCGCCUUGGCCUUCUUCACUGGGCACCUGUCUUCUGCUCUGGUUACUCGGUUUGGCUGCCGAGUCACAACUUUGAUCGGAGGCGCAUUCUGUGUCGUCAGUUUGAUUACCAGCUCUUUCGUGGAGAACAUGAUGGUUCUCUUCUUUACCUACAGUCUCCUAUUUGGUUUGGGAUCCAGUUGCACGUUCUCUGCGGGUCUGGUAGUAAUAGGAAAGUACUUUAAAAAAAGACAGUCAUUAGCAACAGGGGUAUUAACAGCUGGGCACGGUGGAGGAGUGCUCGUUAUGGGCCCCACGUUAGAGGCCCUAGUGAGAAUCACCGGUAGCUGGCAAACGACUUAUCGCAUAAUGGCGGGAGUGGCGUUCAUCUUGUGUUCUCUCGCUGUGACAUUUGAUCCCAACGUUGAGAGUGAUGAAGAUGAUAACGACAAUCAAGAGAAAGAGGAACGUCACGGGGGCGAUAAAGCGAUUGAGGAGGGUGCCACAAAGAAACAGCUGAUUGAUUUCUCCGUGUGGAAAGAACUACCAGUCAUUGCUAUCAUAGUAGGCGCAUGUGUGGUAGAGUUCGGCCAUUUUGUGCCGCAGAUUCAUUUGAUUCGCUACGGUGAAGAUCUAGGAAUCUCGGCCGAGAAAGGUUCAAAAUUGUUUAUCUACUACGGACUGUGCUCCGCCAUUGGUCGGCUCCUGGCUGGUAUUAUGUGCAACAACGAGAAGGUGAACCCAUUCUACGUGUUUCAGGCUGCAGAGUUUGUGGCUGGUUUGAGCACAAUCCUUGUUACUCUUACUACAACCUACACACCUUUGGUUAUCUACGUUAUAGUAUAUGGUCUCAGCGACGGAUUCUUCUUCACGAGUUUGAGUUUCAUUCUUCUCACGGCCAGUCCGUUAAAGACGCCCGCAGUGCUUGGCUGGGAAAUGAUGCUGACAUCAGCUUUCUUGGCCAGUGGUCCUCCAUUAGCGGGUCUUUUAGCGGACAAAUUGGGCUCAUAUGUCCUUCCUUUCCAAGUUGCUGGAGGUAUUACGCUGGCAGGAUCGUUCAUUCCCUUUAUGUUGUUGUGUGACAAACGGCGAGGAAAAGCUGUGUCCAUACUGGAACAAGAAGAUGGCGAGAACCUUCAAGGAGUGGCGUGACGUUUCAUCAUGUGGAAUGUCUCAUUUUUUUUUUUUUAAUUCUAAUCAUUAUUCUCUUGUUCCAUAGAUCAAAUUAAUGGAGAAAUAUUGUGAGAGUUGUUUUGCAGGAACAGCUAAAUUGAAUAAUAAAAAAGACAACAUAAAUCAC